AUGGCGGCGACCUUGCCGACUUUGCGAACUACGCGCCUGGAGAUGCGACCCUUGGGGCCCGAGGACAAGGAGUUUCUGUUCCAACUAGACUCGGACCCAGUCGUCAUGAAAUACAUCUACACCGGCAAGCCACUAGACAGGGAGACGUCGGAAAUGAUACAUAAGCAUCUGGUCGAGAUACCCGCGUCUGGGCCUGGGUUCGGGUGCUGGGUGGGUGUAGCGGGUGACGACCUCGUCGGAUGGUGGGUGCUUGCUCCGAGCCAGACCACGGACGACCCCCCACAAGUCAACAAGGAGAGGGCCGAGUAUGGCAUGAGAAUCACGCCCAAGUUCUGGGGGCAAGGUUACGCAAAGGAGGGUUCGCGCGCUGUGCUGAGGCAUGCCUUCGAAGACUUGGCAGUGAAAGAAGUGUAUGGCGAGACGAUGGCCGUCAAUGCGGGGUCUCGAGCAACGAUGGCGGGUUGUGGGCUGAAGCAUGUGCGUACUUUUCACAACAAGUACGACGACCCGCCUCCUGGCAUCGAGGAGGGCGAAGUGGAGUAUCGGAUUACCAGGGAUGAGUGGAGUGCACUACAGUAG